CGACCAGCCAGCCAAUCAAAUCAUUCAGUAGUGCGGCGUACCGUUCAGCCAUGUUGUGGUUUUGAAUGAGGAAGAAGCGGGAGAUAGUACUCUUCAACGAGUUUUUUAACCAAAUAACGAGUUCUUCGAGGUGUUGAACGGAUUAGUUUGAGACACGACACCAUAACGGACAUUCCGAUUUCGUUGAUUGCGACCUCUUGCGUCAUCGCAGUAAUUUAGACAUAGUUUUGCAAAUUAGCUGCGGUGCUAACAACGUUGGCUAGCAAGCUAGUUAGCAUUGCUAGCAAAUAGGCUAGCGAAUUCUCCGUGAGAUUACCAUCAGUCAGCUGGAAAUUCUUUAAUUUAACCCGUCUCGCGCGAAUGACUCGAGUUCGGUUAAUUUGUGUUGACGCCAAAGACCGCUAGACGGCACCUACUCGAAGCCAUUUUCAUUUUUCAACUAGCGGCGUGAUUUAGCCAACUUUAAACCAUGCUGAAUAAAUUGUUGGAAUGGGUCGAAUCAAGCGUUGCUAGUUUUCGCAAUGGUGUUCCAGCUGGGGAACCGUCUCGUACAGAACGGCCGCCGGAAGAAGAUCAAAUAAGGAGGAAAAGGAAAAGACCAAAUGAAUGUUUAAACGAUGGGCAUGUAGGCGACCAAAAUGAACUUGCAGUUAAGAAAUCUAGAAUGGGAGAUCUUCUUGACACUGUCAAAAUUGCAGCUGAAGGAGUAAAACAUCGGAGCGCUAGUGUGGCGACAUGGAUGAAGAACACCGUUAGUCCUACCUUGAGAAACAUAAUGCCUGCAUCCUCUGGUCACUCUCAACAACCACAGCCUUCAACAUCGGCCACACAAUGUACACCAGCUUGUAUACACUCUGAAAUAAACCCCCUGGACCGGACUUUUGUUGCUCCAGCCACAACUUUGCAGUGGAAAUCACCCACAUCAGUUUGCAGGCGACAAGCGCACUUGAGCCCUAUACAUCAGGAAGUCCCGAAAAUAAAUGGGCACUCGGGCACAUUGCACCCCACUGUCCCUCUGAAACUGCAUCCCUCUGCACGACUUGGCAGGCCCAUGAACAUGAGGAAAUACACAACACCAAGUGUGGUUAGCGGAGGGUCCACAACAAGCAGCUCAUGCACCAGCAUGUAUGACAAGACAUUUCCAAACAAACUACCACAGAGGCCGUCUCACAGAAUUUCACAAGGCCGCAUACAUCAGGCCAAAACCCGCUGCACAGCACAAGAGUCUGUUCAUUUAGAGGAGAAGGAAGCAUACAGGCAGCUCCUGACUAUGGUCUCAGGCGGUCAGUCUUGUCUUCGCAAUGGCUACUCGCAUUCCAUUGCGAGGUCACAGAGAGACUUCACCAGCUUCCUGAGCCCCAGCCGCAGACUGCUACCUAUGUCGUCGCUCACCGAUUCGUUGGAAGGUGAUAUUUCAGAGGGACCAAGCAGCCCUCGCAGCCCUAUGGCUGUUUCCAGCCAGAGUUCUAGCAACCUUCCCAGCCCAGUGGCUUCCACUUACAAGCAAGGGAGCUCGCAGACAUGGUCUCUGGAUGCAGACCACCACAUGUCUAGUCAACCCUCUCCAUCCGCUGUGCUGGACACGACCUCUCAGGACACGCAGUCAUCAGCCCAUGAUGGAGACUCUGUCAUUAUCAUAAAUGAGCAAAAGAGUGUAAAGAGCGAUGUCUCAAGCAUUCCAUGUUUCCAAGCAGAGUUGUGGAUCAAAGAACUGACGAGUAUUUAUGACUCUCGAGCAAGAGAAAGACGACGACAGAUAGAAGAGCAGGAGGCCUUGGCCGCCCAGCUACUGCGACAGCGCCUAUCUGAAGGAGGGCAACAAAGUGCAGAUGUGGAGGUUCAUGUUCGAGUUCCUUUAGAGAAGGAGAUCCCUUUAACACUUGCAUUAGAAGAGCCUUUGGACGAUACGCCAGAAUUCCCAGAGCUCACAGAGGAAAUGGAUGCUCAAGUGGACAAGGUGUUACGACGCGGGAGUCCUGAUGAAGUAUUCAGUGAGGGUUUUGGGCUCAGUCUGACCCGCAAAGAUCUGCAGACUCUGAGUGGUCUCAGCUGGCUGAAUGAUGAAGUGAUUAACUUUUACAUGAAUUUGCUGGUGGAGCGGAGCAAGGACACAAAGCUGCCUUCCGUCAACACUUUCAGCACGUUCUUCUAUCCCAAAUUACGUAGUAGCGGGUACUCGGCUGUCCGCCGCUGGACCAAAAAGAUGGAUAUCUUUUCCAAAGACAUCCUGUUGGUUCCUGUUCACCUGAGCAUGCACUGGUGCCUCUCUGUGGUGGAUUUUCGCAAAAAGUCUGUCACAUAUUUUGACUCAAUGGGAGGAAACAAUGAUGAAGCAUGCAAGGUGUUGUUGGAUUAUAUACAACAAGAAAGCAAGGACAAAAAGGGCAAGGAGCUAGACACAACAGGCUGGACUUUACACAGCAAAAAGCGCAAUGAAAUCCCACAGCAGAUGAACGGGAGUGACUGUGGAAUGUUCACAUGCAAAUAUGCAGAUUAUGUAACCAAAGACAAGCCCAUUACAUUCACACAGAAGCAGAUGCCGUAUUUCAGAAGGCGGAUGGUUUGGGAGAUUGUGAAUCGCAAGCUCUUAUGAAAGUGGUUUCGCAGGACAUGUUUAGACUUUUUACAAAAAGCCUCACAACACCAGCCCAUCAGAUCAGGGACUGACGCUGCCACUUUCCAUCUUAAGAGGUUUCUCUAAACUUGGCCUAUGGCGUGCUGGUGGAGCAUCGAGCACUGCCUCCCAGUCAUCUGCCUCUAGUUCAAGUUAUGUUUCGGCUUCCUUGUGCGCACUCACAUUUAAGGAUGUCACCAUGGGGAAAAAUGACUGGCAUUCAGCCUUAAAAGUGAAAUACGGUCAUAAAAGUAAACCUUUAUGAUAUGGGAACUCAUCUUUCAAACGUUCUCUUAGCACUAAAUACAUUGUUUUAAUAAUUGCAAUGUUGAUUCCAUUUAAUUGUUUUUACACGCUCAGGUGAGUAACUCGGACCCUGUCCCUGCCAAAUUUGGGCCAUUUGCGCACGCACGGUGCAUCCAUAUUGUACCUCAAACACUGCAGGGUUUUUGUCAACAGUCAUUAAUGCUCGCCACAUUCAGUUACAGUACUGAGUUUGAAGAAACGUCGUGGUGGGAGAUGUGCGUUAUGUAUAAUCAUACAACCAUGUUUUUGUCUUUCCGGGCUGGAAAAGAGGAGAUGCCAUCAGAGCGAAACUUCAUGGCACCUCUGUAUUUGGCCCAAAAAGUUGCUAUUUGUAAUAUGCACAUUGACAUUAAAAUUUAUUUUUGUAUUUUGAUUAAAGUGCAAAAAAGUAUUUCAACUGCUUUUCAGAGUGUGACUUGGAUGCUGUUGACCAGCUCCUGAAAAAAAAGUACAGUACGUACCGUUGUCUUAAUAGUCAUCAAAGAACGAAAGCAUAAAAACGUUUCCUCACCGAUGAGUCUUGCGAAGUUUGUAAAUUAAGGUUUUAAAGUCUAUUUUAUGUACGUAUGUGUCAAUGGCAAUUUUCAGGUAUUAAUCAGAAUAUUUUAAACUGUAUAUAUUUUAAAAGAACAUGUUUGAACUUUAUUAUGUACUUCCUAUUUUUAUGUAGUAUGUCUCUUGUAGGAAUAAAUUCUCA